GCCUUCAUAUUUUUAUUUUAUUUAUUUUUUUGCUCUUAUUAAAAUUGUAUAGCGAGGUAUACAUCUUCGCCCAUUCAAAACUCCGUUGUAAAAUGUGUCAAUUUAGUCUCUCUUCACGUAAUGUAAACACACGGCGCGUGAAACAAACACUGUGUUUUAUUUAAGAAAUAAAUCACGCUGAUGAACACGGUGUGUAUACUAUGAGGUGAAAAGCAACGGUGGUGCAUAUUAAAACACAACUUCUAAACGCUGCCCGCCGCUGCACAGCCCGGGGAAUCUACCGGAAUAUACAGGUGAUCCAGCAGGCAAAGCGGCUGUAAUAUUGGAACUAGCACUGCAAUGUCUUUUAUCUGUACGCCGAAUCGAAGGAUCCGUCCGAAUGAGUCACACCGUCUGUCAAGUUUAUUUGUGUAAAAUACCAUUUAGCCGACAAUCAAGUCUUCCUUAAAUGAAUAGUUAACUCGAUGAAGUUCUGCACGCCUUUCUCUUGACGCGAGGAAACGCUCAGCGAGCACGACUCCUAAAGCAUCUACUGUAGGCUAUAUCGCAAUAUUUGAAGAAUGAUCAAUUAUGUAAUAUUAUUAGAAUUAGCAACAUAUUAACACAAUUUUCACACAAAAGGACACCAUUAUACUAAAUUAUUCUGUAUUAUGUCCUGUGUCACACUAAACUCUAUGACAACAUUUAUUCUUGAUUCUCUAAUCAGCAAAAAUACAUAGACAUGGAAACAAGAACAUUUUAAAAUCAUGCAUCAGGUUUGGUCAAAGUCAAACCUUAUAGGAAAAAUGCCCAAUUUCUUUCAAUUAGGGCAACAUGUUUGUGUUGUGAAAGGAGAAACAUUCAUAAAAGUAGAAUCUUCUUAGAAGUAAACACUGUAGUCUGUGAGGAGUAGAACCCAUAAAUAAUGACAACUGUUCUGGGAAACAAGACUCGUUAACAAUGCAAGCUUUUUUAAUGGAGAACCCUGAAAUCAUCAUUUAUUAGCAGGUUUGACUCGCUGUUCUCUGCUUCCUGGUUCUGGUAGAAACGUUACAGCCCACAUUUUCCAAAACAUGUUUUGCACAUUAUUCAUCUUUGUGCAUUUUACUCUAUGUAAGUGGAAAUAUGCGUACAUGUGGUCCUUUUGGUUGCUGUGCUGCAGACCCUAAUGACAAGCAGUGGCAGCAGAAGCUUCAUGGAAACUCAGUUGUUGUUGUUGUUAAAACGACUCCAAUGAGAAUCGUUUUAAAUUCCUCCUCAUGCUGAGGAGACUGAGGAAUAUUGACCUCAGAACUCCAAAUAACUAAACGGAUGCAACAAAAAAAAGAUAAAUUUAUGCUGACGGUAUUGUCAAAAAACAUAAAUAAAAGCACAGUCAGUUCAGCACGAAUAGGUUGUUGAAGUUGUAAAUUCACGGCUCAUAGAAGGAGUGUGUUAAACAUCCAUUUCCUUGGAAACACGUAUUAAUUAUGCAUAACACAUUAAAAGACUAUUCCAGUAUGAAGACGGAUUAUCCCGUGUUACUCCCCUGUGAGGAAAACUGCCUUUGGCUGCAACACAACGACUGUUUGGCAAAUUCAUUUGUGCUGCGAUUACUUCUGGCCUCUGCAUGGCUCGGCUCAACUCGCCGUGGGCUUCUUUUUUUUUUGUUUGCUCUCAUCUUCCACUUAGCCUACAUGCACAGAAAUAGAACUAAAAAAGGCGGAUGACAAAAUGCAUGUUCACUUCCAUGCAUGUGUACUCAAAGUCGGUUAGGUGUGACUCAAUCAGUGGGCAUCUUCAGCAAAACUGGACUCAUUCUGUUGUAUUUAAUGCACAUCACUGAAACAGGGAUCCAGCGCAGAGGGCUGAAUCUUGUUUGAUGUUUUGGGUACUAGUGCUGGUACAAUGACCAACGCUAUCUCUUCUGGAUACCUUUGAGAAGUCCUCAAAUAUGAAAUGAUGUCCAAGUACAAGCAGCCAUACAACAACUUUGCCUUACAGUCUAAAAAUGGCAACAUUAUAGUUAUAAUUGAAUUAUAAUUUAAACACAUUAUUAUUGAAGAUUGGGAUUCUGAUCAGACAUUGAAUGAGUACUGGUGAGUUCUGGUACUCGAUGCUUAGUUCACAUUGUGGUUGGUACCAAAAAAGAGUCGAGGUUCCAGUUUUUCCCGUUAAUUAGGUCCGCCACAUUUUCAUAAUAAACAGAAAAUAUUCACCAUGAGUAUCUUGAAGGUGAGACCCCUUUAUUCCCAUCUGAACGCUCCGUCCUCUCUUUAAUGCCUUUGAGUGUGUCCAUCCAGAACAGCCAUACACACUUUUUCUUUUAGAUGUGCGUCUGGUGACACAUCAUACAAUCAAGUUCUGACUUUUCCGUUUCUUCCACUGACGCCUUGGAUGUUUGUGACACUUUGCAUGCUUCUAAAUGAGCAGCCCAGUAUAGGACUUUCAGAAUGGACCAUUCCAAACCUCGGGAUUUACGUUCAGCGUCCACGUUUAGUGCCAGGCAAUGUGUUCAAGUAGCAUUUUACCUUGUCUGCCCAACAUCUCAAAGUAAUUCAAUGAAUGACAUAAAACAGAGGAAAGAAUCAAACCUCACUCUGGACCAAUGUUUGACACGUUUGCUUGAUAAAUGAUCGUUCAGCACAUAUCCACUCAGUGAGUGUGCUCGAGGUGUAAAAGGAAUAGAAAGUGCUUUAAAUGGGUCUCUGCCCGUCCUCUCCCUGAUAUUAGACCUACUUAGUGAUGGUCUCUUGGAAUAAAUCCGGGGCUGAGUCGCUCCACUGUCUGGGAUUAGCGGAGCAGACUGGAUGGUCCGACCGGUCUGUAGACUGCUGAAUCCUCUUUUAGACAAUUAAUGUGCCUUCAGCUUAACCCCGUGUCUUACAUGACUCAGUCGUCUUUUUUCACACCACCAAGCAGUCAGAUUGGUGAGGACAAGGACUGAAAAGGAAGCACACUCUCAAGGCACUGACUAAUCUGGAUCAUGGUUCAUCAAACCAGUUUGUCCUCUUCACUUUAGUCUUUUGGAAUCACACCGAGACAUUCAGGCAAGCUCUAAAGUAUUAUCCUUUAUGUCUGCUGGCGGAGAUGUUUCCAGGCAGUGGUUCCCAACUCUUGGGUUGUGGACCAAAAGUGGACUGAGCAUCAACAUUCAUUUAAAUAUUUUUAUCCGCCAAGGAAGUUAUGUUUUCGAUUUGGUUUGUUGGUCUGUUUUCCCGCAGGAUAACAGAGUAACUACUGGCCUGAUUUUCAUGAAACUUGGAAGAAGGUGGAGCGUGGACGAGGAAGAACCCAUUAUUCCGGAGGUCUGCGCUCUCUGAGUGCUCUUCUAGUUGAAUACUGAUAUAGUUGCAAUGCUUUGUUGUUGAUUCAAACACUGACAUCACAUUGAAGAUCAAAUUGAAGGGUUGGACAUUGUGCUGGGCACUGUCUCUAAUAGGCCCUGGGUUUGCAUCAACAGAUAGAAUGGAUGAAUGGAAAUAAACAGAAUCAGGUGUGGUACCUGAAGGUCUAAAAGAAAAGUGAUGGCAACAACUGAUCUGAAGGUUGUUUCUCCGUCCUGCUAAGAGUAGAAUACCAGCUGAUCGAUGCAACUGCUCCUCAUACCUAGCGAACAGAAUAGAUCAUUCAAGUGUUUUGUGAUCCGGCUCUUUGUUCGUCAGAGCCUUCCUGUCGGCCCAAAUGUAGCCAAACCUUUACCCCAGAGGUUGCAGAUCAACCAUAACUACUCGGUUAGGGAUCGGUUGCCUCCAGAGACGGGAUGAGAACAACGGUCACGAAGCGUAAGCUGCUGAAUCCAAGGGCUGUGGGUUCUUUACUACUUUAAGAAUACUAAAAUAUCAGCUUGAACACACCUCUGUUCUUGUUCCCUGUCCUGUGUCCAACACCCUGCCACCCAAACUAUUUCCCUUUCCCACCGUAACAAUGCAACUUUGAACUUGACACAUUGUGAGAGCAGAGUGUUGAGGUGCUCAGCGAUGUACAAGCGCUCCUCUUUUAUCUUAAUGACAGCUUCAUCCUGAGGCGACGGCCGGACAAAGAGGAAGGGCCCUUAUCUCAGAGAGAGGCGAGAGCCUUGACGGAGGACAAGAAGCUACACGCCAACCAGAUCCGUGCAAUGCUGAAGGGAUUCAUGAUCUCAGCGGCCAGAGCACAAUAUUGCUGAAGUCCUUCCAGAAGAAGAAGACAUAAACCAGGCCGAGUGGGAGAUCGGCUUCCUCGAACCCAACAGAGGCUGCUCACCGUAGAAGGGGGCGAAGUAAAAAGCAUGAGUUCAUGCAGCACAGAUGUUAAGGAAAAUCGGAACUUGGACAACCUCUUCUCCAAAGAGGGGGUUGCAGCUGAGGCUGCUCAACUCCCCAAUGGGAGUGCUGGGGGUGGGAGGAAGCGUCCCUUAGAGGAGGGCAAUAAUGGGCAUGCACAUUCCAAGUACAGGCCCAAGAAGCGUAAGAAAGUCCCUGGGCCCAUUCUGCCUAAGAAUGCCCUAAUGCAGCUGAAUGAGAUCAAGCCAGGGCUGCAGUACAAACUGCUCUCUCAGACUGGGCCCGUCCAUGCGCCCGUCUUUGUGAUGACUGUGGAGGUCAAUGGGCAGCUCUUCGAGGGUUCUGGUCCUACCAAGAAGAAGGCAAAGCUGAAUGCAGCAGAAAAGGCCUUGCGCUCCUUCGUCCAGUUCCCAAAUGCGUCCGAAGCCCACAUGGCCAUGGGCCGGACUCUGUCUGUUCACACGGACUUCACCUCGGACCAGGCUGACUUUCCAGACAUGCUCUUUAAUGCCUUUGAGACCUCCACUCCUGCAGAUGACCCGUUUUACCUCGCAUCCAACAGUAAUGGUUCCUUCAGCUCAUUGGGAAUAGAGUACCCGUUGCUACCCUCCCCUGUCCCAAACCUGGUCCAGGCCCCCUUACCACCAGUCCCCUCCCCCUUCAUCUCCCCUACAAGCGGCAAGAAUCCAGUCAUGAUCCUCAAUGAGUUACGGCCGGGCCUAAAGUAUGACUUUGUGUCAGAGAGCGGGGAGAGCCAUGCCAAGAACUUUGUAAUGUCAGUGUCAGUCGAUGCUCAGAUUUUCCAGGGUUCUGGGCGGAACAAGAAGCUGGCCAAGGCCCGGGCUGCCCAGGCUGCUCUGUCUGCUCUGUUUAACAUGCAGCUGGAUCAGGCUCCGUCAAGUCAGCCUAUACCCAGAGAAGGACUGCAGCUUCACCUGCCACAGGUCCUGGCAGACGCCGUCUCUCGCCUCGUCGUCGACAAGUUCAGCGAGCUGACGGACAACUUCACGUCUCCGCACUCCAGACGGAAAGUAUUGGCAGGUGUCGUCAUGACAACAGGUGCAGAUGUGAAGGAAGCACAGGUCAUUUGCGUGUCCACAGGAACAAAGUGCAUCAAUGGUGAAUACAUGAGUGAUAGAGGUUUGGCCCUCAAUGACUGCCAUGCUGAGAUUGUGGCUCGUCGCUCGCUCAUCAGGUACCUGUACUCCCAGCUGGAGCAUUUCCUCAGUAACCACGAAGAGGAGCAGCUGACAUCCGUCUUUACCAGGUGUGACAACAGACAAGGCUUCAGACUGAAGGAAAAUGUCCAGUUCCACCUGUACAUCAGCACCUCCCCCUGUGGAGACGCCCGUAUCUUUUCUCCCCAUGAAGCUGGAAUGGAGGACCACGGGGAUAGACACCCGAACAGAAAAGCCCGUGGGCAGCUCCGCACUAAAAUUGAGUCUGGUGAAGGAACCAUCCCAGUACGCUCCACUAACACCAUUCAGACAUGGGACGGGGUUCUUCAGGGUGAGAGGCUGCUCACCAUGUCCUGCAGUGACAAGAUAGCCAGGUGGAAUGUAGUCGGAUUCCAAGGCUCUCUGAUGAGCUACUUCACUGAGGCCAUCUACUUCUCCAGCAUCAUUCUGGGCAGCCUGUACCAUGCUGACCACCUCUCCAGAGCCAUGUACCAGAGGAUUACCGAGAUCGAGGACCUGCCACAGUCCUUCAGCUUGAACAAACCACUGCUCAGCGGAAUAAGCAACGCAGAGGCUCGUCAGCCAGGAAAAGCACCCAACUUCAGUGUGAACUGGACGGUGGGAGACCCAGGCUUAGAGGUGAUCAACGCCACCACCGGGAAAGACGAUCUGAGUCGACCCUCCAGGCUCUGUAAACACGCUCUCUACAGCCGCUGGAUGCGCCUGCACUGCAAGCUGUCCUCCACCCUGCGGAUCAAAACAGUGAGGCCCAGCAGCUACCACGAUGCCAAGCAGGCAGCGGUGGAGUACCACGGCGCCAAGCAGGCGCUCUUCAGAGCCUUCCACAAAGCAGCACUGGGCGCCUGGGUGAAGAAACCUAUAGAGCAGGACCAGUUUGCACCCACCACCUGAGCUAGUGCAAUGGGUCUUUGACACAAAACAUGUCUGCUCGCUUUAUUUUCUGGGUCAGUUUCCCUGGUGGAAUAAUUUCCCUCUGGAUUGCCAUGGACUGGACUGUGUUUCACUGGGAGGGAAGAGGCACCACAUCCAGAUGUCAGAAUCCAUGGAUUUAACAUUCCACCUUCAUCUUUCUAGCCUCGUGCUACUUCCUCUCAGCCAGCACUACACAUUCAAAAAGAUUAUUAUUCAGUCAGUUAUGCAACUUUAUACAAAAGGACAAAUGUAAAAAGAGACUUUGGGAAUGGAAACUUGUAAACAGCAUUGUUAGUUUUAAUGGCACUUGUUUAUAUAAGAAUAGUGAUGUGUUCAUUUUGCAUGUGUGUUUAUACCAAAUUCAUAGGAAGUCUCCAGUAAAAGGUUUGUUAUCAAGUAUCAGUGUUGUAAUAAUUUCAGAAUGUCCACUUGCAGUUUGUGAAAGUGUUCUCUCUGCUUUGUUGCAGUUGUUUGAGGUCACAAAGAUGUUUUCUUUGCUAAGGAUAUGCGCACUGAGAUGACUUUAGAAUGACUUUAGAAGAUAGUCAUCCACAGCGCCACCCUCCCUUUCAAACACAGCUUUACUCUGAUGUGUUUUCUGUACGUGGUGCAGUCUAAAUUAAAUGGACUCACAAUGCUGCCACAUUAGGUCGGCAUGUAUGGUGGAUUAUACUGUAAAUGUGUCGGUCCAGACUGUAAAUAACAUAGGUGGAGUGUCUAUGGUGUCAAACUCAACUUUCUGAAGAGAUGUUUUAAAUGCUGCGCUGCUCACUCACCAGAAAAUCCAAAUUUGGUCAAAGGUGAGGAAGCCUGGGUGCACCUGAUGAGAGGCAAGCGACAACCACAAUUACUGACUGUGAUAGGCUGACACAUCUGUCAAUCAAAGAAAUACAACCAAAAACAUUGUUCUGUUAAAGCUAGGCCUUUGUCCUUCUGCAUACUUGUCUUCUCGUUUCCCCCCUAACAAACAAGCUUACUGUAUCAAUAUCAAUAUGAUAUAUGAUAUAUCAAUACACUGAGAUAUAUAUAUAUAUAUAUAUUGGUGUUAUUUCUUCAUUUAAAUGUUACUUGUUCUGUUACAGUGACAGUAAUGAUCUUUCUUGAUGUCACCAUUAAGAUGGUUCAAAGUGAGAUUAGCCCCAUGUAUGACCGUUCCUAAUUCAGACAUACGGCCUCCUUCUUUUCCACAAUACAGGCAAAACAUAGAAUGUUUAUUUUUGUAUGAAAAUAUGAAAUAUCGGAGAGAAACAUCAAUAUACUUGUAUACCGAUAUAAGUGGUACUACAUAUUGUUAUUUUACUUUACAUUGUAGAAAUUGAGUAAGGUCAUUUAAGCUUCCUUCUUUGUUAAGGAAACAGAGUCACACCAAUGAAAUGUUGUUUCCCGAUGGUUACGGGAGUCUUUAGGAUUCUGCAAAUAUACUCCUUGAGAACAGCGGUGAUUGUUGUUCAUGACUGAAUCGUUCAGCCAUUCUGGUUUGUCCACUUGAUGCUUUUCAAAGAAUUAGCUGACUGUCAGAAUCGGUCUCCUCAUACCCUUUAAUCCUUGUAGUUUGGGGUCAUUUGCUCUAGUUGGAUGACACCAAACAGGAGUGACACAUUUGAGUAGGAAUAGCCUGGUUCACACAGGAAACACUCCAGAGGUUAAACACACAUGUUGGGUGUGAACAUCUCUCCUAAUAUGAGCCCUGUUGCACUAGAUCACGGUCACAACCUUAUGCAACGAAACUCCACAAACAUUUCAGUCUGUGAAUCUCUCGUCCAGUGAUAGUCCCUAUGCAGUAACUACAGUAAACCCAGCUAGUGUUGUUGCUGUUAACACUUCAGUCGCUAUUACCACCAGUAAAAGCUCACCAAAGAUGAUGUCAGCAUCUGUCAAAUCUUUGACAGUUUUUUUUUAUGUUCCGUGUUGUUUUCCACACAUUCAGAUGUUUUAUAUGACUGUAUUCUGCCUCUACUACUCGUGAUGAUGUGUGAAGUGAUGUUUUAUGUGUGAUGUUCUACUCUUUCAAAAACCAAACAACACCUUUUUCCUCUAAAAAAAAAAAAGAAUCAAUAUUUCAUGUCCUGAUCGAGCUUGUAUUUAGGGCUGGGUUUUAAGUUGACUUGUUGUCUGUAACUUUUAACUUUCAAAUGAUUUUCUAAUUCUUUAUUUGCUGUAAAAGUGCUCAGGAUGUAAACCUCCAGCCUCAAAUACACACAGGGCAUCUUUAACUUAUUUACUUUGAAUAUAGGUUGAUUUCCUUUCUUGUAUAUUUUGAAUGUGUAUCCUUUCUGCUUCUAUUUACUUGCUGAAAAUGCGUCUUAACUUUGAGCAUGUGCAGACCUGUUCCUGUCUCAGCUAUCCUGGCUCCAGACUUGGGCCCUCAGGGUUUUUGGAGGUGCCGCCAAUUACGUUUCCAUUGUAUAUGCACUUUUUAAAAAGGGAAAGGAUUACUUUUUCCAUAGACUUUGAGGUAAAGCAAAAGUAAAUGGAUGAAUGGUAACAUAUGGUCCACUGUAUUUUGUUCCUAUACCUUUCCAUAUGUUGGUGCUUGGUGAGCCUCCACAAUUCUUAUGGGUUCAUGCAUUAUGUUAUUGAUUUCCCCCAUAAAAUAUAGCAAGACUGCGGGGCCUAAUGCAUGAGCUCUACCUGUAAAGCAUGAACACUAUGAAUAUAAAAUAUGUAGAAACUGAGUCAAGUCACUGAGCUAGAGAUUCAAUAAAAUGCUGUUACGGUCA